GCAGUGAAGGCGUAUUUUCUGUGUUCAAAGAAUGUCUAAAAUCACCGUCAACGCUUAUUGACUAAUCAGCGAGCCAGAUGUUUUCAGACCUUUGAGCAGCCUUUGUUGCGCUUUUUCAUUUUUUCGCUUUAUGAUAAUUCUUUUGAUGUUUUUUGACUUAUGUUUAAACUUUCUGUCGAUAUAAAAAUUGGCUCACAAAAGAAAUCCAUCAAAAACGACAUGAUUAAACUGCAAUUGCUCUAUUUGUCAGAAACAUCAGCGAGCAUUAUUUGCAUGGCACGCCGAACAAAAAUCCAACGUGCCCUAUUAGUGGCCGCUCAAGCCUUGCUCGCCUUUUGCUGCUUUGGCUUUGUUGUGUCAGGUUGUGUCGGGCAGUUCAAGCUGAGCGGAUAAGAACAGUCAAUUCUUCAUCACAUUACCACAAUGGGCGUCAAGGGUCGUAUCGAGAAAACCAAGACCCGCAAAGGGAAAAAGCACUUGGAGAGCCGAGCUCCGAAGCUGAUUGAAAAUGAGAAGAAACUCAUGCUUCUGAAGGGUCACAAGACCAAUGCUGUGCUCCAGGAGUGCCUGAAGGACCUGGCCUCUCUGAAGCGACCACACUCGAUCCUGCUGAACCGCAAGCGGGACCUGUUGCCCUUCGAAGACAUCACACCGGUGGAGCAGCUGGCGGCCAAGAUGGAUGCUAGCCUGUUCGCUAUUGGCUCUCACAGCAAGAAGCGCCCACAGAACCUGGUGUUGGGCCGCAUGUUCGAUCAUCAUCUCCUCGACAUGAUCGAGCUUGGCGUUCAGAACGCCCGAGCGCUGCAUGACUUCAAGAACGCCAAGGUGGCGGCCGGCACCAAACCGUGUCUCUUGUUCGCCGGAGAACCGUUUAAGGACAACGACACCUACGUCCGGCUCAAGAGUCUGCUGAUUGACUUUUUCCGGGGCGAGCAGGCCACCGCCGUGCGUCGGGCCGGCUUCGAGCACGCGCUCAGCUUCACCGCCAGUCAGGAGGGCGUGCACAUGCGCAGCUACCGCGUGACCACCCAGCGUGCCGGCGGUCAGACUCCGCGCGUCGAGCUAGAGGAGAUCGGACCUUCGCUGGACCUGGUCCUUCGCCGCCAUCGUCUCGCAUCCGACGACCUGUUCCGACGUGCGCUGAAGCAACCCAAGGAGCUGAAGACGAAGAAGGUGAAGAACAUCUCGGACGGCAAGUUGGGCGCCCAGAUGGGCAGAAUACACAUGGAGAAGCAGGAUCUGCGCAAGAUCAACACGAGGAAGCUGAAGGGACUGAAGACGGGCAGAGACGCGGCGCUGGCGGCCGCGGAACGCAAACAAGCGGAAGAAGUGGCUGGCUGAGUGAGGUGAUGCAGGGUUAUGGGGACCGGGAUGCGAGCCUUGCGCGGGGUUGAGGUCACGAGAGUGCUCUGUGCGUCAGUGUUGUGUUACCGAUGUGCUUCGGGCGGGUGACGGAAGCCGGAUGGUGACAGCUCGCGGUUAGUGCUGCCAGCUGCUAAUACGGGAAAUGCACUGCCCGCUGGAAGGGAACCCGAGGCCGACCAGUUGGAGGUUGAUGGACCCGUGCCCAGCUGCAUGGUCAAUGCGCUUACCGGUGAGUGAAUCCGCGACGCCGCCUAGCUUUGGCGAGCGUACGGAUCUUUCCCCAAAACUGUUAUUCAUUCGAUGCAUUUUGUCAAAGUUAUGGCUGAAUUUCAAAUGUCUCAGUUUGGGGAACUUUGAACUUAAUCGAACAGCGAUAGAAACUGAUCCAAGUCCGUCAUACGGUUUCCAUUAUAUCACGAGCAUCCUCACUCCUCAGCCAUGCGUAUUUGGAAUAAAAAUGCUUGCGAUGUCA